AGCCCCUUUCCCAAAGCUGCAGCUUUCUGUCUCACCUAGAAAGAUAAUCAUAGAAAGCUCACAAAAUGUGUGAUGCAUUUGUAGGCACCUGGAAACUGGUCUCCAGUGAAAACUUUGAUGAUUACAUGAAAGAAGUGGGCGUAGGCUUCGCCACCAGGAAAGUGGCUGGCAUGGCCAAGCCCAACAUGAUUAUCAGUGUGAGUGGGGAUGUGGUCACCAUUAAAUCAGAAAGCACCUUUAAAAACACUGAGAUUUCCUUCAAACUGGGCCAAGAAUUUGAUGAAGUCACUGCAGAUGACAGGAAAGUCAAGAGCAUCAUAAACUUAGAUGGUGGUGCCUUGGUACAGGUGCAGAAGUGGGAUGGAAAAUCAACCACCAUCAAGAGAAAACGUGUGGAUGACAAACUGGUAGUGGAAUGUGUCAUGAAAGGCGUCACUUCCACCAGAGUUUAUGAGAGAGCAUAAAGAAAGGCAAGCAGAGCUGGACUGAAGUUUGCAUCAAAUUCUGUUGGAUGCAUUGUUCAAAUAGAUGUUGUUAUUUUCAACUAAUGAGCAAGCAAUUAAUUUUCCCCAAAGAACUGAUUUUAUUCAAUAUGGUUGUGUUGGUUAAAUAAACAUUUUUAGAUU